UGCCAGCAGCAUUGAAAGGCUUGGAGAGGAGAGGCGAACAAGAAAUUUAGGCCAGCAAAGAACAAAAAGACUUUGAAGGGAAAGGGAGAGAUUGAGAAAAAGCAGAGAAAGAGGGCCUAACCUGAGAAGAACGAGGAUCCCAAGGCAAGGACUGCAUGGCCUCUCCAGGUGUCCGAGGGGAACGGAAGCCCCUGUUGGGGCAGAAGGAGACCCCAGAAGGGCCUACUCCUGUGUCCCCUUUUGAGGGCAGAAAGACUGCCUGUGCAGCUGUGCUGCUGGUGGAAAUUCUGGAGAGGACAGCUUUCUUUGGCAUUGUCUCCAAUCUCGUCCUGUACCUCAACAGCAGUAACUUCAACUGGGGUGGAUUGCAGUCUUCGCGGGCAGUUCUGCUCUUCAUAGGUGCCUCCUACCUGCUCUCGCCCAUCGGAGGCUUGCUUGCUGAUGCUUACCUGGGCCGCUUCUGGACCAUCACACUCAGCUUCCUGCUGUACCUGGUGUCGGCCUCUCUGUUGCCCGCCACAGCUUUGCAAAAUGGACGGCUCUUGCUGUGUGGAGAGAUGCCGACAUCCACAGUCCAGCCUGCAUGCCAAAAAGGUAGUACGGAGUGCAAACAACAAUUGCCAAAUCAGUACUGUGCCCCUAUAAUGUAUGGAGGCCUAGUGCUCCUGGCCUUGGGCAUCAGCUCUGUCAAAGCCAACCUGACACCAUUUGGAGCUGACCAGGUGAGAGACCGUGGUCGGGAUGCAACUCGCCGUUUCUUCAAUUGGUUCUACUGGAGUAUUAACAUUGGGGCUGUGAUCGCCCUGCUGGUGGUGGCCUUUAUCCAGCAGAAUGUGGACUUCUUUAUUGGUUACACCAUCCCUACUGUCUGCCUGGCCCUCGCCCUCUUAGUCUUUGUCCUGGCUGCCCCCACCUUUGUUGCAAAGCCUGCCAUGGGCAGCCAGGUGUCCACCAUGCUGCAGGUGGCCCUCCGGAACAGCUGCUGUGGUCAGGCGCUUCAGAAGAGGACUAUCAAAGCCAGAGCAGGAAACCUGCAAGCAGAAGACGAGGUUGCUGGCCCGCAUCCAGGUCCAAAGCACCAGCCUGGGGGGCCUUCCAAUGAGGAUGUCUCUAACUUUCAGGCAAUGGUGAAGAUCCUGCUUGUGCUGCUCACUCUCAUCCCCUACUGGAUGGUCUAUUUCCAGAUGCAGUCCACCUAUUACCUGCAGGGUCUGCACCUCUUAAUCCCCAGCAUCUUCCAGCACAGCUAUUUGAAUAGCAGCACUCACCCCACGUCCAUCAAUAGCUACACGCUUCCAGAUGCCUGGCUCCUUCUAGCUAACGUGGUGGUUCUGCUUAUCUUAGUCCCACUGAAGGAUCGAAUCAUAGAUCCAUUCUUGGCAAAGAGGAAGCUGUUGCCUUCAGCACUAAGGAGGAUGGCUCUGGGCAUGUUCUUUGGCAUUACCUCAGUCAUUGCAGCAGGUGUUCUAGAGACUAAAAGGCUGGAAUACGUGAACAACAACCAGACCAUCUCACAGCAAAUUGGGAAAGAUAAAUAUUUUGCAGCCCCACUCCCCAUUUGGUGGCAAAUCCCCCAGUACCUGCUCAUUGGAAUCAGUGAAAUCUUUGCUAGUAUUCCAGGGCUGGAGUUUGCCUACUCUGAAGCUCCCAAAUCCAUGCAAGGAGCCAUCAUGGGCCUCUUCUUCUUCAUUUCUGGUGUGGGAUCUCUUUUAGGAUCUGGCCUCCUGACUUUGCUCUCAGUGUCACCCAAUGGAUGGAUGAACUGCCCAGAGGAUUAUGGGAAUAUAAACAAGUGUCGGAUGGAUUAUUAUUUCUUCCUGCUGGCUGCGAUUCAGACAGUAACCUGUGUCCUCUUUGUCUGGAUCUCCGUCCAUUACGAGCGCCAUAAGCGGUCUGCCUCCUGCCCCUCCUGUGUUGGAUGUGAGCACAACUAACAUGCUUAGGAGUUUUCAGGACCAUGAGGAGGAUCAAAGACCUCAGCAUGCAGCCCAACAACACUACCAUGGUAUAUGAUUAACCUGUGGGAUGCUGUGACAGCUAAAAAUAUAUACAAGGGGAUUAGCGAAAUGAAUGGGGGAAUAUAGCCAUCAGUGACAGCUAGCCAAGAGACUUGGUGAAUAUAGCCCCAUUAUUCAAAUUAGCAUUAAUGUCUUAUGUCCAGAACCUGAGUGUGAAUAACAGAACAUGGAGACUGGGGGUUAAGUAUUACCCUGAAGAGUACCCUGAAUUCAGGCCACUGAGUCUAGAUUAGGUGGGCUGUUCAUAAGAUUGCUCUUAUGUCAACAGAGCCCUGUUCCUACCAUUACCUAUUAAUUUUAUCUGCAGCUAAGUCAUUCUUUGUUGGGGGAGUUAUACUCCCUCAAAGUGGGGGGGACUUCUAUACCACUCUACCCUGCUCGCCACAUUUAGAGUGCAUUCCUUGAGUAAGGUCAUCUUAUCCUUACAUCCUUUGUGGAGACUGCUUGAAAACUUCCUCCUAGACAAAAGAUUCUCACUGGCUAAGGCCAGGAUGGAUGUAAUAAAUGGAGAUCAAGGGUGGUGGGUGAUGGCAAAACAUCAGAUCUACAGCUAACUUUGUAUAUAAUAUGCAAUGGGGAAUGGGAAUUGCAUAUAAAAUGCAAUUGAUGAAAUGUUCUUCUCUUGUGUGAACUGGCUUAGUCACACAAUAAUGAUGCACAUUAUCAGUUGCCAUUUCCCCCCCCAGAGGGAAAUCAAUAUGCAGUGGUCUCCUUCCUCUCCUCUUCUGCCUAAAAAUGGUGAAUCUGGCAUUUGAAGAACAUAGAAAGUGUUACAUAUACUGGCUGAUACGAUGCGUUCAGGCUGCUUUGUGCAGUGGUCCAGGUGUGAAGGGGGAGGGGCAGAAAUUUUUGCAUCUCUCCACUCCCUCCAAAGCCCUUUCUACUUGCAUAAAUCUGCUCCUGAGAGAUGUGCUGCAGGGAUUCUGAAGUCUGCUUACAGACCCACAGCCCUCCUUCUCUCACCAGAGGGCUGCUGAUCAUCUUGGCCUCCGCUCUGUGAAGUGGCUGUAUGACCUCAUCUUGCAUACAUGGAAGAUACAGAAAUAGAUUUAUAUUCCUUAGUGAAAGCAUCUCUACUUUUGUUUUGAAAGACAAAAACAUUUGUGAUCCUUGGACUGGAAAUUUAUUUUUUGUAAAUGUGAGCCCCCGUGUACAAAACCAAGACAUUCUAAUAAUAAAUUCAGUAACCUUUUUGAUGACCUCUAA